AUGUCCCUCACAAAUAACAGGUCAAUUGCUUACUCUGGAUGCAUAGCUCAGGUUUUCUUUUUUUUCUUCUUUGCAGCCACAGAUCUUUCACUCCUAAAUAUAAUGGCUUAUGACCGCAAUGUUGCUAUCUGCAACCCACUCCACUAUGAGAGAAUCAUGCACAAGGAAGCCUGCCUUCAGAUGGUAGCUUUUGGGUGGCUUGCUGGUCUUCUUUAUGCCACAUUGCACACUUGUGGCACCUUUGCAAACACCUUCUGUUCCAAUAUUGUCAGUCAGUACUUCUGUGAAAUCCCACAGUUAUUAAAGAUUGCCUGCUCUGAUAUAUACUUAAUUGAAGUUGGGUUCAUUGUGUUAGGUUGUAAUAUAGCAGUAGGAUGCUUUAUAUUCAUCAUCAUAACAUAUGUGAAGAUCUUUUCUGCAGUGUUCAGGAUCCCCUCUGUACAUGGUCAGAAGAAAGCCGUCUCCACCUGCCUUCCUCACCUGGCUGUUGUCUCUUUGCUCAUAUUCAGUGCAAUAUUUGACUAUGCGAAGCCUCCCAGUGACACUUCUGUUCUGGACAUAACCUUUGCUGUGAUAUAUACUAUACUUCCUCCCAUGCUAAAUCCAUUCAUCUAUAGUAUGAGAAACAAAGACAUCAAGGUUGCUUUAAUGAAAUUGCUGGAUUUUGAACAUUCCUCUGUAACAUGA